AUGGCGCAACCUAGAUUAUAUCUAUCUAUCUAUCUAUCUAUCUAUCUAUCUAUCUAUCUAUGUUCAUAUCUCUUGAUCUCUCUAUGUAUCUACCUAUGUAAGCAUUUGUUCAUAUCUAUCUAUCUAUCUAUCUAUCUAUCUAUCUAUCUAUCUAUCUAUCUAUCUAUCUAUCUAUCUUAUGUCUGUUCAUAUCAAUGUUGGUAUCUAUCUAUGACUCCACCUGUUCCCUUUCACUACUCCUUGAAUUUUUCUGUUAUUUUUCAUUUUUUCAGUGACUUCUUUUUCAUUCCUUGGUUUUUUCAUUCUUUCUUUCCUUCUUUCCUUCACACUUUCUUUAUUUCAUUCAUUCUUUCUUUCUUUCUUUCUUUCUUCCUUCCUUUCUUCCUUCCUUCCUUCCUUCCUUUCUUUCUUUCUUUUUUUCUUUUAAAUUCUCAGUAUUUUUUUAGUAGAAUCCCCAUAUUCUUAUUUCAAUUUCUAAAUUAUUUUCCUUUUUUCCACCAUUGUCUUCUUUCUUUUUCUUUCUACUCUUUCUUUCUUUCUUUCUUUCUUUCUUUCUUUCUUUCUACUCUUUCUUUCUUUCUACUCUUUCUUUCUUUCUUUCUUAAUGCUUACGUAUUCUUUUUCUUUUUCCUUCUCAUCUUUCUUUUUUCUUUCUUUCUUUCUUUCUUUCUUUCUUUCUUUCUUUCUUUCUUUCUUACUACUCUUCCUUUCUUUCUACUCUUCCUUCCUUCCUUUCUUUCUUUCUUUCUUAAUGCUUUCGUAUUCUUUUUCUUUUUCCUUCUCAGUCUUUCUUUUUUCUUUCUUUCUUUCUUUCUUUCUUUCUUUCUUUCUUUCUUUCUUUCUUUCUUUUACUCUUCCUUUCUUUCUCUCUUCCUUUUCUUUUCUUUUUUCUUUCUUUCUUUCUUUCUUUCUUUCUUUCUUUUCUUUCUUUCUUUCUUAAUGCUUGCGUAUUCUUUUCUUUUUUCCUUCUCAGUCUUUCUUUCUUUCUUUCUUUCUUUCUUUCUUUCUUUCUUUUCUUCUUUUUCUUACUCUUUCUUUCUUUCUUUCUUAGAUAGCUAUAAGCUUUACUCUUUUCUUACCCAACGUUUCAUUUUUAUAUAUCGCCUCCUUUCUUCCUAUUUGCCAUCAGAUUGGUUUCUUUUUAGUUUUAUAUAUCACUUUGUUUAUUUCUCCAUUUUCUUCCCUUUAUCUUUCUUUCUUUUUUUUUCAUUUACCUUGUACAUAUUGUUUCUUUCUUUUUAUUUUCGGCUUUUCUUUCUUUCAUUUUUUUCCAUUGUUCCUUUUCUUUAUUUUCUUUCUUUCUUUACUUUGUUUCUUCCUUACAUAUUCCCACUUUUCCCUCCUUUAAAACCUUUUUUUCUUAACUUCUUUUUUUCAAUCAUUCAUUUCUAUUUUCCUUUUUAUUUUAGUUCACUUUAUUCUGCUUUACGAUACCUUUUAUUUUCCUUUUUUCCACUAUUGUUUUCUUUCUUUCUUUCUUUCUUUCUUUCUUUCUUUCUUUCUUUCUUUCUUUCUUUCUUUCUUUCUUUCUUAAUGCUUACAUAUUGUUUUCUUAUUUUUUUAACUUCCCUUUCUUUCUUUCUUUCUUUCUUUCUUUCUUUCUUAAUGCUUACGUAUUCUAUUUCUUUUUACUUCUCAGUCUUUCUUUCUUUCUUUCUUUCUUUCUUUCUUUCUUUCUUAAUGCUUACGUAUUCUAUUUCUUUUUACUUCUCAGUCUUUCUUUCUUUCUUUCUUUCUUUCUUUCUUUCUUUCUUUCUUUCUUUUUUUUUUACUUCUCAGUCUUUCUUUCUUUCUUUCUUUCUUUCUUUCUUUCUUUCUUUCUUUCUUAAUGCUUACGUAUUCUAUUUCUUUUUACUUCUCAGUCUUUCUUUCUUUCUUUCUUUCUUUCUUUCUUUCUUUCUUUCUUUCUUUCUUUCUUUCUUUCUUUCUUUCUUAAUGCUUACGUAUUCUUUUUCUUUUUACUUCUCAGUCUUUCUUUCUUUCUUUCUUUCUUUCUUUCUUUCUUUCUUAAUGCUUACGUAUUCUUUUUCUUUUUACUUCUCAUUGAAUUCCCAUAUUCUUUUUUAUCGGUUGUUUUCUAUUUUUCUCGAUUGUCUUCUUUCUUUCUUUCUUUCUUUCUAUCUUUCUUUUUCUUUCUUUCUUUCUUUCUUUAUUUCUUUCUUUCUUUCUUUCUUUCUUUCUUUUUCUUUCUUUCUUAAGCCUUUCCUAAAUAUAUUUGACACACUUCUACUCGGUCAAAUAAUAUCGACUUUAAUUCUUGCCAUUUCGACCAAAAAAAGUUUCUUUCUUUCUUUCUUUCUUUCUUUCUUUCUUUCUUUCUUUCUUUCUUUCUUUCUUUCCCGUACGUCCUCUUUUCUUUUUUUUUCUUUUUUUUAA